ACUACGUACUAUUUCGCUCAGCUACGUUAUUACGAAAGACACCGGUAAACUAAUGAUUCCAUCUGAACGUAUAAAUACGAGAAUAAACGAUUCCUCAAGAGCAGUCUAGAUCCGUUUCUUGUUAUUGACGUUGUCAUUAUUGUGUCGGGAAAUAUUGCUUCUCAUACGAGAUAAUAAUGCUGACACAAAACAAAAUGUUUGCUGCAAAUCUCAUUUUGGUGUUCAUCGUAGCGCACGCCACAGCAGAAAUACCUUCCUACAUUAACGUGUGCGGCCGUAAAAACCCGAAUCUCGAUGAAUGCAUCUUGAAGAAUAUUGAAAAUUUGAAGAAUAAAAUAUGCGAGGGAAUGCCGGAGCUCAGUGUUCCACCAACCGAGCCGUUGGCUUUGAGCAAAAUUAACGUCAUUAACAGCGAUACCGCCAAAAUAUCCCUCGAUAACGUGUAUUUAAGGGGAAUCUGCAAUUUCGAAGUGCAAUCUUUCCAUAUGGAUCUCGAAAAGCGACAUUUCGACGUUGACCUCAUAUUCAGGCAAAUCAAAAUGAACAUGACGUAUAACUUCAACGUGAAUAUAAUAGUACCUGUUGCUAUAAAAGGACCGAUUAGUAUUACCACAGAUAACGUGUCAGCAAAAUCGGGCGUUGAUCUCAAUGUGGCGACGAAAGGCAACAAGCAAUUUGUAUACUUGUCGAAUAUAAAACUGGAUCUCGGCAUUAAAAGAUACGAUGCGAACGUUAGUUCGUUUGACGAUGCACAAAUGGCAACAAUGCGAGAAAUCGGCCAGCACUUUCUAGGCAACAACCAACAGGAACUCCUCGCGGUGUUGAAACCGAUCUUAGAGGAUGUCAUUUCCAAGCAGAUUCUUAACUUUUCUAACAAGAUUGUCAGGCAUUUCACUUAUGACGAACUCUUUCCUGACCGGACAUAAAUAAAAUAAAUUAUCUCGUUAUUAAGACAAAUAUUCCGUCCUAAGAAUUUUGUUACGUUCACAUAUCUAAAUAUCGAAUACAGAAAGAGAGAGAGAGAGAGAGAGAGAGAGAGAGAAAAUAUAAUCGAACCGUUGGAGACUUUUGGGUAUCAAAUUAAUACGUACAAUUUUAAACUAAUAUACAUUGCACCUUUUAUGAUCGUGCGUUUAUUCUCAGCUAUCAUAACACUUAUACGAUUUCGGUCGAAUCUUGCAUCCAUUGCAAAUCGAUUGCAAGCAGAUGCAAAAGAUGAAAACAUAUAAUAACACUUUCUAAUAAUAGUUAUAAAAUAUUAAGCUUUACAUACAAUAUUAUAUAAUUUAUUAUAC